GGAUUUAAAAUGGCUGCGAAAGACCAGGUCGAGAUUGGACCGAGGAGGUAAUUUGUCCCAUCUGCCUGGAUUUCUUCACCGACCCGGUUAUACUGGAGUGUGGGCACUUCUGCAGCUCCUGUAUCACACAGAGUUGGGACAGGGAGGAAAGAAACGCCUGCCCGGAAUGUAGAGAGGAGUGUGUAGACCGCACCCUCAAAGUAAAUCGGGCUUUGGUUCGACUGGCUGAGAAAGCUCGAGCACCGAGCCUAAAUCUCAAAGAGAAGGAAAGUACACUUAACUGCGAGAAACAUCAGGAAGAACUGAAGCAGUUUUGUGAAACGGACAAGAAGCUGAUCUGUGUGAAUUGUGCAGCUGCGCAGGAACACAAGACUCACAGCUUCAUGCUGAUAGAAGAAGCAAGUGAAUUCUACAAGGAACGGGUGAAAUCUUCUUUCGAAUCUCUCACAGAAAAUAAAUUAGUGAUCCAGCAAAUGGAGCAGCAACAGAAACAGAGCAUUUCUGGAGUUCAGGAAGCGUCACGCAACCUUCAGUCACAGAUCACAUCCCAGUUUGCUGAACUGCACCAGAUUCUCACUGAGAAAGAGCAGCGCUUACUCAGAGAUAUCUGGAAGGAAGAAAAUAAGAAUUGGUAA